AUGAAAGAAGAUAAUGAUAAACAAUCAUUUGAAGAUGGAAAAAAAUAUGAUUUAUUAAUUCAAACUUUGGAACAGGAUUUCUUAGAAUCUCCACGCACAAAGGAAAAAAUGCAAGAGUUGAAAAAACAAUUAUCAUCAGAAAAAAGAUAUAUUCUAACAAAUCAAAAAAAAAUAGAUAAUCUAAAUGAUGCUUUUGAAUCAUUAUUUGAUGAAAAAACAAAAUAUAAAAACAAAGUAUUAUGCUUGAUUCGUGAACUACUUCUAGGAUAUAUACAAAAAUUUCUUCAUGAUGAUUAUACAGAAACUUUAUUUGAUGGUGAUUAUUUUGACAAUGAAAUAAAUAAAUUAAAUAAUUUAAAAGGAAGAAAUAUUCUUCAGAACCUUCGUAAAAAAACUGCAGAAAUCUAUCAAGAUAGUGAACCACAAUAUUACUUUAUAGACAAAAACAAUAAACAAUUUCAUUCAAUCUGUGAAAUUGAAGAAGUAGAUGAAUUUGUUAAAAACAUAAUCAAAAGACAUCAUCUUUAUAAAACAAUAAAAGAUAUAUUUGAUAAAGAAGAUGAUAUUAUAGAUUACAGUAAAAUGGUUGAUCCAAACGAUAAUAAGAGAACCUUUUUCACGAAAAUUAGGCCAUAUGUGAAAGAUCAAACAUACUUGAAUAAAAUUGAUAAAAUCACAGGAAAAGAUAAUUCGGAAUUGCCAGAAAAUAAAAAAUGA